AUGCAUUUCAACUUCUUCCCUUCUCUUUUCAUUGCCCUUCUCGGAUUGCUGAUGUCAGUUGACGCUCUUCCUAGGCCAUUGAAUAUGCAGGGAACACCCUCACUAACCCCAUCCACUUCCCCAUCCCUAUCCCCUUCCCUCUCCCCUUCCCUCUCCUCUUCCCCAUCCCCUUCCCCAUCCCCUUCUCUCUCCCCUUCCGAGACCCCCCUCCCAUCAACUGCACGCCCCUUCACAUCUUCUACUACAUCAUCCCCCUCAUCUUCACUAGUACUUUCCUCUACCACCACAGCAUCGCCCACUUUGAAGCACAAGCCCUUCAUCGCCGGCUCAUCUACUUCGACUUCGACUUCCGCCACAGCCACCGCGCUGACCGCAGCCGACUUGAACCUGUUCUCGACAGUGACAGGGUUAUUGGGAGGACUCGCUAGUUUGCUGGGUCUUGCUUAG